AUGAAUCCCUAUUCAAACCAGAAAAGCGAUCAGUAGAGAUAUCCUCGGGAACAGUUAGUUGAGAAUGAAAAAAACCUGAAUUUAGGAGGAUCUUAUCAAAAUUAUAUCUAUAAUUGUGGAGAAUGUUGUGGAAAUUGUUCAGCCAUUUGUCCAUGCAAUCCCUUUGUAGAAUAUCCAUACAAAAAGAUAGAACAAGGGUAUGUAGGAGUUUACUUAAGAUUUGGAAAGUAUGUGAAAACAAUGCCUCCGGGUUUAUAGUAUUUUAAUCCAUGCACUGAUAAAUUGAUCAAAAUUGAUUGUAGAACUUAAAUGAUAGACUGUGAGAAACAAUAGGUGAUAACAAAAGACAAUAUUCUCUUAUAAGUUGAUGCAUCUGUAUAUUACAGAGUGUUGGAACCAAAGAAGGCUAUAUUCUAUAUUUAUGAUAUGCAAAUGGCUGUUUCUUAAAUUACAUUGGCAUCAAUAAAAUGUGUAAUUGGUGCAUAUACCUUACAAGAUGUUUUAGAGAAAAGAACUGAAAUUUAAGAUUAUAUUUAACAGUUUGUUGAUGAUCACGUAGAUGAUUGGGGAAUAGAUAUAGAAUUAAUGAUGAUUAAAGAUAUUUAGAUUGAUGAUAGAAUUAAAUCUGCAUUAGCAUAAGCAGCUACGGAACUUAGAGCUGCAUAAGCCAAAAUUUUAAUCGCCGAAUCAAAUGUUUAGUCUGCCAAAUUGAUGAAAGAAGCUGCUGAACUUCUAAGUUCUAAAGCAGCUAUGUAAAUCAGAUACCUAGAGGUUAUUAAUAAAAUAGGUUGUGAACAACAGACAAAAGUUAUGAUAAUAUGA